UUGAAGAGCCUGUGGACCUAUGGGACCUGCGCCCCCUGGAGGAAUUCCAGACACCCACUCCACCCUGAUGAAGAGGAAAUCACCGACAGGAGUCAGGGGACAAAGUCCUAUCAUACGGUGGAGGGGGAUGGGGACUCUGCAAAGGCUAGGCAGAAAGAAAAAGCCAGUGCCCACAGAAGCACCACUCAGAGCUAGUCUGCCAUGGAUGCCCUUGUCCGGCUCCUGCAGCUGCUGGUGCUGCUCCUAACCCUGCCCCUGCACCUCUUGGCAUUACUAGGCUGCUGGCAGCCCCUGUGCAAAACCUACUUCCCUUACCUGAUGGCCGUGCUGACUGUCAAGACCAACCGCAAAAUGGAGAGCAAGAAGCGGGAGCUCUUUGGCCAGAUUAAGGGACUUGCAGGGGUCUCUGGGAAGGUGGCCCUGCUGGAGCUGGGCUGUGGUACAGGAGCCAAUUUCCAGUUCUACCCACCAGGCUGCAGGAUCACCUGCCUGGACCCAAACCCUAAUUUUGAGAAGUUUCUGACAAAAAACAUGGCUGAGAACAAGCACCUCAAAUAUGAGCAGUUUGUGGUGGCUUCUGGAGAGGACAUGAGACAACUGGCUGAUGGCUCCAUGGAUGUGGUGGUCUGUACCCUGGUGCUGUGCUCUGUGAAGAGCCCAAAGAAAGUUCUACAGGAGGUCCAGAGAGUGCUGAGGCCGGGAGGAGUGUUCUUUUUCUGGGAGCAUGUGGCUGAGCCACGUGGAAGCUGGGCCUUCAUGUGGCAGCAAGUUUUUGAACCCACUUGGAAACACAUUGGGGAUGGUUGUUGCCUCACCCGAGAGACGUGGAAGGAUCUGGAGAGCGCCCAGUUCAGAGAACUCCAAAUGGAGCGACAACCUCCUCCCAUCAAGUGGUUACCCGUUGGGCCUCACAUCAUGGGAAAGGCUGUGAAAUAACCCUUCCC